AUGGUGAACUUUGGCCUUUUCGCUGUCAUAGCGAGCUUGAUAGGCUCAACAUUAGCCAAGCCUGUCCUGCGUCGCGGACAAUACUCUCCAAAAUAUGUUGAUCCUCGAAAUGUCACCCUGCCACUCCCCGCAAAGACUAUUGCCCAACUCAACCGCAGUGACACCUUCUUCGAGAAUAUUGUCGCUAGGUCAAAUGGCGACCUGCUGGUAACCCUCUAUGAGCCAGUCGGUUCCAUCUACAUCAUCCAGGAGCCAUACUCGGACUCCAGACGCUUCUCGGAGCUAUACAACUUCAACCCGGGCAUGGACCCCAACGGUGGACCUGGUGUAGAGUACACGGCCAUCCUCGGCAUCGGCGAAGUAGAGCUCUCACAUGACAGAGAUGAGGUCUUUGUCGUGUGCGGUGGUCGCUUCCACCGCGGUAACGACCCCGUUCAUGACGCCAUCAACGGCACCAUGGGCGUAUGGGAGGUGCGCUUCCCGGCCUCAUACUCGUCGCGGCGCGGCUAUCCCACCAGCGGCGGCAGUCAUCAGCAGCCGUCGCAGCUCCCCAAGGUUGAGGUCAAGCGGAUAGCUUCCAUCCCCGACGCUGGCCUGCUCAAUGGUAUCACGCAUAUUCCUGGCACUGGCGCCGUAGCCGUCACCGACAACAACAACGGCCGCAUCUAUCACCUGGACAUGGCCUCGGGCCGCAGCCGUAUCCUAGUCGACACGCCCCAGACCCGCCCCAAGCCCGUCGCCUCCUCUGGCUUUGCCGUCAAUGGCAUCAAGGCCAGCGCCGACGGCCGGUACCUGUACUGGAGCAACUCGGACCUGAUCUCAGUGUACCGCAUCCGGCUGGGCAGCGACGGCCUGUCCGCGCGCGGCGCCGCUGUUGAGCUCGUGGCUGACCUGCACGGGCUGGCAAUCGCCGUCGACGACUUUGCCCUGGACGAUGCCGGCAACGUCUGGGUGACGACGGACGUGGACAAUAUGCUGGUCCGCGUCGCUCGAAACGGCAGCACGCAGGUAGUGGUCGGCGCGCCCAUUGAGCUAACCGUGGCCGGUGACACGGCGGUAGCUUUCGGGCGGACCAAGUGGGAUCGCAGCACCAUCUACGUCUCGACCAACGGCGCGACAGUGGCGCCUGUCAACGGAACCAUCAUUGAGCCCGCCAAGGUGGUGGCCGUGGAUGCUCGCGGACUUUUGUAA